GACGCCGGUAUAUACCAGCUUGCGACCCUGGCAUUCACCGUAGGAUUACACUUUCUUCCAUCCCAACAUCGACCAUGUCCACCUCUGCUCAAGCCCUGGCAAAGUCUGUGAAGAGUGGAGAGACUCUCCGGGUCGAGAAUCUUUUUGAGGUCAAAGGUCGAGUCGCGCUCGUCACUGGUGGAGGCACAGGUCUUGGACUGAUCACUGCCAAUGCGUUAGCUGACAAUGGCGUCCGAGUGUAUAUCACGGGGAGACGGCCAGAACCGCUCAAAGCCGCUGCCCGAUCGAAAGGAGAGAAUGGAGGCGAGAUCAUUCCCAUUGUAGGGGAUGCCAGUGACCGUGAAGGUAUAAGGAAGGUCCGUGAUGAAAUCUCCAAGAAGGAGAAAUUCCUCGACAUCCUGAUAAACAAUCAUGGCGUCUCCCUCCCCCAUGCGGAUAUCAAUGCCUGUGAACAGACCCCUGAGGGACUUUCAGAGGAGAUGUUUGAGAACGAAGAUUUCCCCGUUUGGGAGCAAAUGUACCGAAUCAACACGGCCUCGUACCACUUCACGACUUUUGCGUUCCUGCCUCUCCUCGCAGCGGCCAAGUCUGUUGGAUGUCGCUCUGAACCUGGAAACAUCAUCAAUAUUUCUUCAAUGUCCGGAAUCACCGUGACUUCUCAGAGGGGACAAUUCAAUUACAACGCCAGCAAGGCGGCGACUCUCAGUCUUACCAAGAUGCAGGCGACAGAGUUUGCCAGACGAAACUUUGGUAUUCGAGUCAACUGCGUGGCACCUGGGUACUUUCCCUCGGGCAUGACCGUCAUCGAACCUGAGAACAAUACUGGGUCCGAUGCUCACUUUCAAGAAUUCCGAACGAAAUGGGCGAUACCCUUUGGCAGACCUGGUAAUGCCGUUGACUAUGCUCAGUGUAUCAUCUCAUUGGCUACCAAUCAGUACAUCACGGGAAGUGAGACAGUCAUCGAUGGUGGUUGGCUACUGGAAUCAGCGUUCUGAAGGCAACGAUGGUGAAGCGCUGAUGUUUCUCCGUGACUAUGUGCCAGCGAAAAGGAUCCUCUCGCACCGCAAAUUACCUGCGUAACAUUUCGGAUCGCUUCCCCUCUGUAGAAAGGAUACUGGCAUACGCUGUCAGGAUCAAAUGAUGCAACACCGCUACAGACUAGCGGGUCUGAUCGGGGAUGAAAUCUGCGUCCAGGAGAAUUGAGUCAACC